AUCUGUUAUGAAUGUAAUAAAAGAAGGAAUAUAUAAAGAAAGAUCAUCGUUAGACUCACCUGAAACUUCCGAAGGAUUGGAUAGGAAGGCCGAUAUUCAGAUUGCGAUUGUCAGCACCGUGACAUCUUCAGAUGGAUCAUAUGUGGAAUACGAAAUUUCGCACCAUAAGCGAUCUGUUUGGAGACGGUAUUCAGAUUUCGAGUCUUUGGUAAAGUUAAUGCAUCGACGAUAUCCAGCAGCAAUUGUGCCACCAAUUCCAGGAAAGCAAUCUUUAUUAAGUUAUGCAAAACAUCCUAGAAAAGCAAAAAAUGAUGCCGAUUUUUUGAACUUUCGCUCCCGUAUGCUUGAGCUUUUUCUUCGUCAAUGUUUGUUACAUCCAUUGCUUCGUGUCGACUCUGACUUUGACAAAUUUAUCAAUUCCAGCAUUUCGUGGCACGUUAUAAUAUCCUCUAUGAAUUUAUCAAAAGAUUCUGGUAUCGAUCCUCUUCGCUUGCCUCCGAUUGGUACUGAACCAGACCCCUUUGCGCACUUACGUUCUUCUAUGCCUUUAGUAAUGUCUAAUACAGUAAGUCCCCCGUCUUCUAGAAGUAGAAAACCAGCAGAAGUUUCUACUCAAUCAGUUCGCCCUACCAGCAACCCUUCCACCACCUCUUCUACGGACGGACCUGUCUAUCCCGACUCCGAAGACGAAUUUAAACUUCCACCUACAUCUAGCGAGUUACUUUUAACACAUGACUCAGACGAUAAUACUUCUUCUGCUUCUGUCCAGGAACCCUCCCCCUACCUUCCAUCAGCUAUUGACGGACUUUCCGUAACUUCAAAUCCCAAAGACACGACCCGCCCUGAAUUUAAAGACUUAACAUCAUAUACCAAUGAGGUGAUAUUGUGUCGAAAGUUUUUGCAUCACAACCUUAGUCCUUCCAUUCAUUCUACUUUAAGUGGAAUUUCUAAAAUGGAAUCAUCUCUCUCCAAAUUAGGAUCUGCUUUUCAUUCCCUAACUGCUUUAAACGAAAUCCAUUUGGCAAACCAUCUUCAGGUAAUUGCUAAUGCAUUUGAAUUUAGCGGAAUGUAUGCGAAAGCUUUGGAACAAGAGUUUAAUUCCUCUGUGUACGAAAAACUAAUUCAGUCGAUGCAGCUGGCUCGUUCAGCUGUUAGGGCUCUCAAAUACAAGAAUUUAAAAAUCCAGCAAAGAGAAUUUUUACAGGAUCAACUAGUUCAUUCAAACUCUAUUGAUCCAGUAGAUUCAUCGUCUCCCUCUGCUUAUCCAUCUAAUCGGUUAAACUCGAUUCAACGCGCCGUGGUAUCACAAGCAAAAAAGGGAUACACAAUUUUUGGAAGACUACAGAAUGCAAUUUAUGACUUUGUUGAUGGAGAAACAUCAAUUAGUAAGGAAACGUUGCAAGAGCAUAGAACAACUAUUGAAAACCAAUUGACCGCUGCGAACUGGGAUUGCCAAAUAAUAAAUAAACUUAUAGAUGAAGAGUUAGAAUACUAUAAGGUUUGUCAGAGCACUCAACUAAAAGAGAUUGUGAAUGCAGUUCAUGCUUCCUUUUCAAAAUGGGCGCAGUCAAAUCUCCAUCGAUGGUUACGGACAAGAGAAGAACUAGAAGAAUUGUCAAGAGGUAUGUGACAGCUCGUCCUUUUUGAUCGUUUGUUCAUGAAUAUCACCGCAUAUAUCUAUUUAAUGUCAGUUAUGAUUUACGAUGAUGACUUUUUUUUUUUUUCUUCAAUCUUUUUAAUACCUGUUUGCCAUGUAUAUUAUUUAUAGUUUAUUUUUUCCAAUAAGCUUUUUUUUUUGUUUCAUUAAAAACUUUGCAAUUCUUCGUAGCAUCUCGCGAAAAAAAAUUGGAUUGUUUGAAGCUGGAGUUCUCAUGUUUUCGCCUACUAUUAUUGAAUAUGGUCAAAGAUUACGCAUAAUUGCAUGUACAGAAGAUGUGGAAUGAAUUUAGUAGUAAAGGUGAAUAUACUUUGGGAAUUUUAUUGAUGAUAAAGACAUGCAUAGUUCCCAAAAAGGUAAAAAUAAGGAUCAAGUAGAGAGUAAAG